GAGAGUCGGGGAUCUACAAACCUUUUCCAUGAGCUUCUUCCCUGCAGACAUUUAGACGUGCAACAGCAGCAAAGCCUCUCAGGUGACAGGUGUACAUACUCACUGUGAUGAUGGCUGCAAUCCACUUACAUGUCUCUAAAUGAAUGUGUCCACCAGUUUCCACAGUCAAAGGUCAAACGGGGAUCUUUGCGUUUUAGACAGAUCAUAUAAAACAUGAUCUCUUUACCAUAUAAUUUGUUAAUAAUUGGCAUAUAUGCAGUUUUGAUUUAGUGCAUGACUCCAAGACUCUACGACUUUAUUUCUCAUGUCAACAAUUCCACACAGCAGUCUAUGGCAAUUCAAUCUUUGGGUCACAGGCUCCCUCUCACCAUGCUCAAAAAUAUUUAGAUAGAAAACCACACAAGCAUAAAAUAUAGAAUAUGAAAACUAUAAUAUAAAAUAUAAAUAUUUGUGUUAUCAACCUGCUUUCUUCUAUAUCAUGUAAAACGCUACAGGACUCCAUGCACCUUGAACCCCAUCUUAAAAACUCCUCAAUCCUGCAUCAGCACUUUACAAAUGAAUAACUCCCAAUGAACUUUAUUGUAUUUUAUUGUAUUUACUUAUAUUCUGUAUUUAUUCUGUAGUUUACAUCCACAGACGUAUGUGAUCUUUCUAUGGUGAAGGGUUGUAGGGUUGAAGUGUUUUGUUAUGUUCUGCUGUGUUUGUUUUAUUGAAUCUAUUGAAUCUUAAUUCCAUAACCGAGCCACAGACAUGUACCUGUUUCUCAGUUAAUAAUAAAACUAGAGCAAUAGAUUAAAAUGUCCCACGUGUAACAUCGCAUCUUGAAUUAUAUUAUAAAUGUGUUUCUUUUGAUAGAAACAGGGAAAAAGCAGCAGUUGUGAGUGAAAUGCUCAGAUUUGUAUUUAACAUAUAAUCCUGUAAUUUGCUGGAGGAUCUGUAUCACUACCUUUACACCAUAGAACUAAAAUAUGAUUAUUGAACAAGCUGAAAAUGAAACGCGUCGUGUUAUUCGUAGACUCGUGAGCCACAGACAGAAUCCGAACAGGAAGUGAAGAAAACUUCAGUUUGACCUUCAGAUCUGAAGUUAGUGCGCGUGACCGUGGCAACGCGCCGUCGCCGUGGCUGCGCUCACAACUUCUUCAGAGUCAGGUAAGAAAAGUCACGUGAGUUUAUUUCCUCUUCUUCUUUGGUUUUAUUAACGUGCUUAACGUGUUUAUUUAACCGUAGACUAGUCCCCCGCUGUUUGAACGCUCUCUGUGUCUGCGCAGAUUUCACAACAGGUGGAGAAACUACGUCAAGUUUAACGUCUUUGAUUGUGACGUCACGGGUUAUUAUUCGGUGAUUUCAAAGUUAACUCCCGAGUUCCAAGCUUAAGAAGCAGCGUGUUGUGAUGUGAUGGAGGAUAAAGGACGUGAAGUUUAACGCAGGGAACAAAGAAGUGGAGCCUGAAUGAAAACAAGAUGGAUUUCUGUGUUUUUGUGACGUUUUGUAAGAAUUAAUGUAAAUCAGAGAUGAUCUAUCGAUGACAUUUAACCGGUUUGAUAUCUUAUUCCUAUGGUUUGAUAGUGAAAGGUCUUAAUAUGUCUUCAUUUCUGAGAAGAAUGCAGCUUUUUCCAAUUACGAAAAGCUUCUAUAUCGAAAUAGUCAGCUAAUGUUUUAAUUAGUCAUAGUAUGUAGAUGACUCUAUAUUCAUAUCAUCAUUUUAGAACAUAGGACAGGAUGGAGAGUAUCCCCUGUGCGUUUGAAUGGUCUUCUGCAGUAACCACCAGGAGAUGUUAGCAGAUGUUAACCACCAGCAGAUGUUAGCAGAUGUUAACCACCAGCAGAUGUUCUGGGACAUGUCUUCAGUUGUGCACCUCAGCAUCUGCCUUUUAAUGCGAAGGACAAAAUCUACAGGAAAUAAUUUUUCCCUAAUGCUAUAAAAAAUAUUAAUCAGUAAAAGACAGUCAGCCCUAAUUUUGAUUGUUGUGUUUUAUGUAAGUAUCUUUUGUGUAAACGUUUUAAAUCACAUGACACCCUUUUCCAAGCCUGGCCUACUGUAAAAUACAUGUUGGUCUCUGUAGAGAGGACCUGCUCCAGAUGUUAAUAUAAUGUAUUUAGAUACAAAGGGCCCAUUCUCGGUUAAAGAAAACCACACUUUGUACAGUUUAGAUGAAGCACACUCGUGAAAACAUCACUAGGAUUAUUAUAUAGUCAGUUUCUGCUAAUAGAUCCUCUUCACCUAAAUCGUACACUCUGAACUUCAAAGGCUCGACCUGUUCUUUGAGUUUGGCAUCAUUCCCUCUCAUUUAUUUCUUUCUCUGGUUUAUUUGCGGGAGUCAACACAUACAUCAACGUGCACCUAAUGUUGGAACGGGAUCUCCUUUGAAGAUUCCGUAGGUUUUACAUCAAAGGACAAUGAACCAGUAGAAAAUAGUCUUUGAUCUAUGUUGGUGUGAAGUGACCCAAACUAAACCAAACAACCAAUGCAAAACCAAUUUAAUUAUUUAUUUUUCCUGUUCUAAUGUUGCGUGGCGACACAAAGCAUGGGGCGGGUGACCCUGCUGAUGGUCUUCAGCUGACUGGUGGUCUUCAGCCUACUGAUGGUCCUGAUGGAAAGAUGAGCAUCAUAUGGGUCGGCGCCUCAGAGGGGGGGUCUCUUCAAAUCCCCUUUCAGACCGGUGGUAGAGACAUCACACGUUCAAGAACACCUAAGAAGAAGACCCCCCCUCCGGUAGGGACUCUCCCUCCUCUGUGCACAAAGACCUCCUCUCUCCCACCGGUGUUUGUGAGUCGGCCCCUGUUCAGCCGAUCAGCCCUCCUCCCCAGUCCCCCCUCUGAAAGAGCACCUCCUCAUCACAUCGCCCAGGUCGGACCCAGGAGACCCACAGAGGACACAAAACGGAAAGUGCCUCAGUUGAUGCCGUCCCUGGCUGAUACCUCACAACUGAGACGUCCUGCUGGGUUGUUCUCACUGAGUGUCAAGGAGAAAGAUGAAUUAUCAAAAGUUACAGCUCGUAAGGAGAAGAACCAAAGGGCUGUUAAAGGUGGGAAAGCGACCAAACCUAAUAAACAUCCACUGACGGGACGAGACGUCUUUCAAAUCCUUUCCCAGAAGGUACCCCAGGCAGAAUUGAAGAUUUAUUACCUGAAAGAAGCAGAUGAAGACUCUCACAGACCCUAUGACCUGGAAGUGGUCCAGUUCGAUGAAGCCGGCUCAGAGCAUUACGUCUUCUCCCCCCUGUCUGUGCUGCAUGAGACAGAGACUGGUUACGGUGGAGUGGUCAGUCUGGCUGACUGGAACUUAGAGUCUGUGUUGUGGACGGCUUUGCAGGAAAUCCCAUUUUUCAGGGACUUCCGGCUGCAGAAGGCUUUCACCUGGUGGAAUAUAAAUGUACGCAGGAUCGUUUUUCAGCGCAGGUGUGAGGCCCUGGAGGACCAGCUGCUUGUGGCUGUACCUCAGUUCAGAAGUUCUCUUCAUCUGUUCGCCGGCCUGACUGAAGAUCUGAACCAGACCCACUGGCUGCCCCACGAUGAAUCUCAAACCUACACAUUGAUGGAAUUCAAGAACGUUCUGAUGACCAGGAAUCGAGAGGGUCUGCAGGCUCUGGAGACGUUAUCACAGCAUCGCAAUGCUAUCCUGAACGCGGUGAAGGAGAACUGCUAUAAGUCGCACCAGGAGCUGCAACUACACAUGAAAUACGCCAAAAAGCCAAAUCAAUGCUACGAACCCAUUCACCUCCACCUGGCUCACAAGCAGGAGCUGGAGAAGGAGCUGGCUCGGUCGGAAGCGGCUCUGCAGAAACUGGGGAUCUUUGGUUCCCUCGUGGAUCAGAUGUUUGUUCAGAGUCUCGUCUCAGUCAUCCGUCAAGACGUCCUCUUCUUUCUCAGCAAUUUUCUGAAGAGAAAUAAAUCUCCGCUGGUUAGUCUCUUCUACACUGAGCUGUGUUUCGAUUCGAGCAGUCAGCUGACUGUGGCCCCCCCGCUACGACUGUUCCAAGAAGCAGUGAGUGAAGCACUGCUGACCGUUGGCGACUCCAUCAUUCAGAUGUGUGACACUUGUGGAUUCUUCUUGGAAAUUAGCAGCAGCGUGGAUACAGACGACGACAGUUCGGAUAGUGAUCAGGAUUCAACUUGUGACCUCGGUUGCAUCGAACCUCCUUCUAUCAUAGGGGACAAUCAGAACAGUGGUGGAAGGAGACGUCGUAGAAAGUUCUGCUGCUUGCAUCUGCUCGGAGAUCAGUUAGCUCCCGGUCUGGUGCUGCCAAACCAAGCCCUGUCGAUGGUGCAGGGCAACACGGUGCAUGGCUGCUUCCAGCCGCUCUCCAAGGCCCAGCUGGAGUGGCAGAUUAGGAUCAGUGACCUUUCAGAAGACGUUGAGAGAGAGACGAUGAAGAUCAUGAAGGAAGCUGAAUUAGAAAUCCUGCAGCUGUGUGAGAGCAGCACAUUUUUGGCGGACAGUCAUUCGUUCAUCCGUCAAUGCAGUCGAGCCUUUUUGGAAUCCAUGAAGGGUCAGCCUGCUCCACAGUACGAGGAGCUUAUUCUAAGGAUCCGCAGCUGGACUCAACAAAUCAACCUGGUUCCCUCAUCGAUCUCUACCUCCAACCAAGUGUUCAUAAUCCACUGCGCCCACCUGAAGGAAACUCUGGGGCGCCAGCUGAGGCUCAUUGAGCAGAAGGUGCUCCGGCAGCUGGUUGAGCAGAUAAAGCUGCGGUCAGAGAACCUGGUAUCAGACCUGGAGAAGACCACAGCCGAGCUCAAGACAGAACCAAUACACCUGGAGGACUUCUCCAAAUAUUCUCUCAUGGUGACGGAGUCGUGGAGAAUGCAGUCAGACACACAGAAGCAGUUGAUUUACAUCCACUCGCUCCAGGACACCGUCACCAGGACCCUCAGACAGAUGACUGAGCAGGAGCGCACCUUGGAAGAAAAGAUGCUGGGCCUGUGGGACUGCUUAACGCCCAUCUUGAAGGAGGCAGUGAGGAUUGUGUGGCAGCGUCUUCCCACGGUGGCAAAUGCGUUGGACACGAUGGUCCCAUUCUUGGUCUCUGACCUUAAACGUACGGUCUCUAAAGCUACAAGUGGACCCUGCCUCGACCCAGCACAGAGCGUCAAAGAGACGGCCUCCAAACUGAAGAGCAUGUGGACUCACGUGCACAAUCUAAAGAAAAAGCUGGAGGAACUUAACAGGAUCGGUCAAAACCUACACGAACCGACAUUGGAUCUGACCUCUUUGACCCUGGAUAUUCAGAAGAUCACAGCCUGUAAAGACUUGUGGGAGCUGGUAGCUGCAUAUACAGCAUGGACAGAAGAAUGGAAACAGUUCCAUCUCAGUGAGGUUGUGGUGUCUCAAGGCCAGGAGAAGAUUGCCAAGUGGAAGGAGCAGGCUCUGUCUCUAACAAGCAUCAUUCCUACCCAUGAUGCAGUGCUGCAGGAGACUUUAGGAAAACUGGAAAACCUAAGCCAUCAGCUUUCAGUUGUGGCCCAGCUGCAGAGCCCCACUUUGAAACAUAAACACUGGAGAGAUAUUUCUGAAGGCAUGGGCCGACUCUAUGUCCAGGAGAAGACGGUCACUGUUGCUGACCUCAUCUCUGAAAAGUUUCAAGAUCACCAGGAAGUCAUUAGCAAGAUAUGCAGGGAUGCACAAGCAGAAUGUGACAUGGAAGAAACCUUCAAAAAGCUUCAGCUGGGAUGGAAAGCAAAGCUCUUUCAGCUGGACAGAUUCACCCAUUGUGGUUUGCAGAGUUGUCGGCCACAACAUGGAUUAACAGAAGCAGGGAAUCCCACAGAGGGCAUUGUGUCCAGGCCCCAAACUGCCGGUCGAUGCUCCUGUGAAGAAAUAAGAUUCACCAUUAUUGGUCUUGAAAUUCACUUUGCUGAGAUAGAGAAUGAUUUGUUAACCCUGUCCAUCAUGUUGAAGUCUCCGCACAGUCUUGACUUCAGGCAGCAGCUGGAAGAGUGGAUGCAAUCUCUGCAGGAUCUCGAGAACCUGCUCGAUUUAUUUGAAAGAUUCCAGCAAAUAUGGACCUUCCUGAUGUUGAAUGAAACGUUCUUGAGGGUUCAACGAGUGGAUCUGCUGGAGAAGUUCAAACCGGUUGACGAGAUAUUCAAGGAAAUCAUGCGGGGUACAACAGGAUUCCCUGAGGUGUUGAGAUUCGUACAUUCCACAAAUACAAAUGGGAAGUUUCAUGGUAAAAGCCUUCGCCGGAUACUCGUUGGUGGUUUGUCUACAAUGGAAUCGAUUUCCAACCAGAUGGGGGAUUUCCUGGAUGCCUUCCGUGAGAAGUUUCCAAGACUCUGGUUCUUGAGCAACGUGGAAGUAACACAACUACUCUCCUUUCACCCAGAUCCAUCCAAGCUGCUACCCUAUGUACGCAAAUGUUUUAGAGGGAUCCACUCGCUUGAACUGCAAAGUGAAAUUCCAUGUGAUACAAGAGAUGGAAAGCCUGACAGGGUUUCAUCUGGAAGCCACAGACAGAUGAAGGUGCUGGGGGUUUUCUCCAGCCUCCAGGAGCACAUCAGCUUCCUGUCUCCUUUAGAAUCAAACCCUAAUGCCUUGGACUGGUUUUGUCAACUUGAGAAACAAUUAGAAUUGACCAUGAUGCAGCUUGUAAAACAAUGUAAUGUUGCUCAAUACCAGCUUCAACAAUCCUGUACAUAUCUGGCAUGUGACGAGAAAAGCUUGCUUCAAUUUGAGCAAGGCAGACAAAAUAUUCAAUGUGUGCUGGAUCUGCUUAUUGCGUUCCCUCUCCAGUGUAUGCUUGUGGCUGAGGAGGCAGUGUGGUCCAGUUUUGUUCUCAAAGCUCUCCGAGAAUCAAGCCCGGUGAAGCUGAGACACAUAAAGGCCCACAACUCGGCAAAACUGAAAAGCCUUUGUCGUUUUAUAAGAGACAGGGGCACAGGGGCAGAACGAGAAUCUCUGGUUUCUAGAUACAUGAUGGUGUGUCUGGGCUCUUUAGUGCAUCUUACAAUGAACCAUGCACAGCAGCUGGCUCAACUCAUGGAGGUGCGCUGUGAUCCGGAGUCAUCUUACGAGUGGCUUACCGCGAUGAAGUAUCAUAUAAACUCAGAAGAUCAGAGUUUGAAAUGCGCUGAUGACCCUGUGUGUUACAUUGAUGUUUUGGGCCAUCGCCUCCAAUAUGGCUAUGAGUACUUUGGUCCAGAAGACUUGGUGAUGGUGCAAACUCCUUCUACAGAUCGGGCAAUACUGGGGAUUCUCCUUGCUCUGACAAGCUACAGAUGUGGGUUUGUCAGCGGACCCUGCAUGUCUGGAAAGAAAAAUACCGUGCUCCAGUUAGGAAAAGCACUGGGGCGGCAGGUUGUCACUGUGCAGUGUUAUCCAAGCAUGAGACUUGAUGUUGUCCAGCAGAUGCUGUUCGGUGCCCUCCAGACUGGAGCAUGGCUUCUGUUUGAUUCUGUGGACUUACUAGCACAAGGGGUCCUAUCGUCACUGGGACAGCAUCUAUUAGACAUUCACCAGUCUUUCAAUGGGUUUACAGAAAAUGGGAAUCAAAGAGUACAUAAUGAGCGAAAGGACCAGACUGACGAUGAGGUGGUAGGAUGUACAAAAACUGAUCCGGAAUGUCGGAUGAUACUCGCAGGGAAAGACAUCUCUGCAAACCUCAACUAUGGAUGUGUUGUCAUCUCUUCAACGCGGUACACAUUUGAGCUUCCGGAGAGUCUGCGAUUUGCAAUGAGACCAGUGGCGUUGACCCAUCCCAGUUACAGGAUCAUUGCAGAAGUUACGCUGACUUCCAUUGGCUUCUCAGAUGCCAUGCCCUUGAGUCAGCGUCUGGUGUCUCUCAUCAAUCUGGCUCAGGAUUGUCGCUGUCUGCCUGAUUUCAUCACCGACAACCAUAGCUGUUUUCUUGUUGUCCUGCAAAAGAUCAUCUCUGCGUCUGAGAUACAUUUAAAUCAAAGUGUAAGACAACAACAAAUGUCAGAUGAAGCUAGAAGAGCAGCUGCAGAAAACACUGACCCAGUGUCUCCUGAAGAUGUGUCUGACAGAGAUCCUGAUCCAACGUUGCAAAGUUCUCGUUUGUUAAUCAUACAGAGCUUGAUGGAAGAAAGAGCCCUUGUAGAAGGCAUUAUUUCGGUCUUACUACCUGUUCUUUACGACCACAAAAAAGUCUUGGGGUUCUGCACCAUUUUCAAGGAUGCUUUCCCCAUCGCAUUGGAAUUUCCUCUUUUCCAACAAUAUUUUGAAGAAGAAAAAAACAUUCAACUUAAAUUAGCAAUUACAGAAGAAUUGCAAUGGAAGCAGCUGCAUCCUGACAAAGAGACCAUCUGCAACGCUCUCACACUCUACCAGACUAUGGAAUCGUCUCAGGCAGUUCUGCUCAUAGGCCCGUCAGGCAGUGGAAAAACCACCUGUCACUCUGCUCUGGCUGGAGCAAUCGAUAGUCUGGCUGCCAAGGCAAUGGAGAAUGUGUUUGAAAAUGACAGUUUGACAAGAGGAGACUCCCCACAGGCAGAACCACAGAUCUGGAACUCAGUUGAUACUGUGGUUUUAUUUCCUAAUGCCAUGUCCCAUGAGGAGCUAUUUGGCAGAUUCUAUGAAAAGAGAGGAUGGCAAGACGGAGCUAUAGCAAAAGUGGUGAGAGAUUCAGGACGAUGGGAACACACACGCUCUAAAGUGUUCAACAAUAAGAGGAGACGUGAUCAGACACCAAGGGCCAAAUGGCUGGUAAUGGACGGCGAGCCUGUUGGGCAGCCAGGCUGGUUGGAUUACUUAACCACUCUGUGCAACCCAGAGGACCCGUUCCUCCUCCUCUCAUCAGGGGAGAAACUGGUCUCAACCCAAUCCUCCCUAAAGCUACUAAUGGAGAUCACAGACCUUAGUGAUGCAACCCCCUCUGCAGUUACCCGCUGUAGCUUCAUUCAUUUUACAGGAAGUGAUCUGUGGAAGGCUGUGUGGAAGAAACAAAUGGAUGUUCUCCACUCUGAAUACAAACUGGAUCAAGGAACAUUGAAAAUGUGGAAUCGUCUGGGUGAAGAUCUUUUCUCCAGCACUCUUGGGCAAAUGGUGUUAACCUCUGCAGUUCAGAGUGAAGGACAAUCUUCCAACAGCUCUGCCUAUGGACUACAAGAAAUCACGUCAUUUGGUCGGAUCCUAACCGCCCUCCUACAACAUCUAAGGAUCCAAGUAGAAAAAGCUGAGGCAGCACUUGAAGACAAAGCAGAUUUACCUCUUCAUGGAGCCGGUACAUCAGACAUUGAUGCACAAAGUCAACUCACCAGAAACCUCUUUCUGUUGGCUUAUAUUUGGGGAUUUGGCGGACAUCUGCAUCCUCGUCACUGGCCACAGUUCGACUUGAUAGUUCGCCAGAUGCUGUUUUCCUGCCGGUUCAACAUCCUGGUUCCUGAUGACGAGAAUGUGUUUGAACACUUUUUUAACCUCGACGGUAAAAUGUGCCCCAAGAAAACACUGUUGAUAAACUCCAUCACUCCCAAGUUUGGUAAAUACACCUUUCUACUGAGCCUCAUGUUGGAGGCAAACCAGCCAGUGCUGCUCGCAGGGGAGCCCAGCUCUGGGAAAACCAGCCUGUGUCAAUCUUUGCUGAGUUUUGACAAGCCACACAUCAGCCUGACAGCCAGUCCAUCCCUGAGCUCCAGAGACCUGCGCACUGUACUGAGAAACAUCAGCCGCCCGAAGUACUGUAAAGAUUCUGUGGGAUCUGAGACCAAAAAGCAGAGACUCCUUCUGUUUGUGGACGAUUUGCACGAAGCCCCCUGUGAUGUCUUUGGGAAAACAUCGUCUGCUCUAGAAUCUCUACGACAGAGCAUUUCAAAGGGACAGAUUCUAACCUUAGAUACCUACCACUUCAAGCCAUUGUGUUCUGGACUCAUCGGUUACAUGGCUACCUGUUGUGCCUCUGGAUCGGGCAACUUCCACCGUAAUGGGAUAUCCUCCCGGCUCUCACGCCUGUUCUCCAUCUUUGUCCUCCCAAGCCCCUCUACAGACAUCAUACUGUCUGUCCACUCUCCAAGGCUACAAGCUUGGCUCAAAGGAAUGCCGAUUCAGCAGAGUGGUGAGGACAUGGCAUGUUGUGUCAUCACUGCAACUAAAACUCUAUAUCACGCUGUAUGUGAGCAGUUCCAGCCGAGUGAGCAGAGGCCCUUCUUCAUGUUCUCCCAUCAUGACCUGCAGAAGGUGUUUCAGGGGAUGUACCUGUGGCAGCCAAGCAUCCAAAACACACAGAGAAUGCAGGAUAAGGUCGUUGGUCUACCUGAGUUUCCUCCCGACCUGCCAGAGUCAGAAGCAUCGGUUCUUCAAGUAGCACAUCUCUGGAUGCAUGAGUGCAUGCGUACUUUCAAUGAUAGAUGCUCCGAGGAGGAGAGCAAAACUCUUGUGUCACUUAUAGCAGAGGUUGCAGCAGCAGAGUUUGGCGUUAGAUUGGACACAGCAGGCGCCUGUGAAGAAAUACAUCAGAGUCCAGAUCCAUUAAGUCUGUCAGCAGAGCCAGAACCAGCUGCCCAGUCAGACCUGAAGGAAGACGAUACACUGCCUGAGCCUUUCCUUUUGCCUGAAAACAAUUCUUCAGAAGGUGAAAACCUAACAACUCGUCCUCCGCAGCUCCAGAUCCUUCAGCACAUGGAGGAAACAGUGGUUGGGCUUGUGUAUGGUCCAGAGCUCUCAGAGACCUGGAGUUCAAUGGAUCCACAACACGGUUCUAAAUGGAGCUUGUGUUACAAGGAGCAAGACCUUGAUGCGGUUCUGCAACAGCUGCCGGCUCUCCUUGACCGAAAUCGAGACGACAAAGGACCUGAUGUUGAUAAUAACCACAUUACAUCCAGAUACAUGUUGCACAGACAGAGAGUGAGUCAACUGUUACACAUACUCCGAGCUUUGCUCACACCUAAAGGUCACGGAGUACUGAUUGGCUCAGACAAAGGAACAGGACGUAAAACCGCUGUACGUCUGGCGGCCGACCUGACAGGCUACCCACUGAUGGAGCUACAUGCAGGUAACGAGAGCAAGUUGCACGAAAUCCUCAAAGAGGCUGGGAAUCAGUCGAGAGUGGAGGGAGUUCAUGUCAUCAUACUGGUCCAUGAGGAUAUCAGCCAGUCUGUGAGAGAUGACCUGUUGGCAGCAAUGGAGCGUAGAACCUUCCCAGCGCUCUACACGGAGGAGGAGCUGAGGAACCUGGUUUCCAGUGUGAUGGACGUGACGAGGUCGAGACAAUACCUCAUGGACAGUUGGCUGCUUGAGAAGUACUUAAGCAAAGUCCACAAAAAUGUGCAUGUGUUCCUUAUGAUGUCCUCCACCAGCGAUGGAACCCACGUUACCACUAGACAAAUGAGCAAGUCCCUGAGUCUGAGCUGCUGCGUUGAGUUGUACCAGCCGUGGUGCAUCCAGUCUCUAGCUGGAGUUGCUGCUCAAUUUCUCAAAACCAGUCUCCACAAAAUGGAGCUAGACGGCUCACUGACCGGCCUGUCAGUGGCUAUGGCAGGAGUCCAUCAAUCUGCACGCCGGUAUGCGUCUGUCCUUCUCAAAGCUCAGCCUUUCAACCCCAUGACCUACAUGGAGUUCAUCUCCCACUUCGGUUUCCUCUGCAAACACCUGCUCAAACAGAGGCAGGGACAAGCCAACAGAGUUGCCUUUGUUUUGUCUCAUUUGGAUGUUUUGAACGCAACAACUCUGCGGAACAAACUGCUCUUAGAGACACGGAGGAAAAAGGUUGCUGAGACCCAGCAGCGUGAGACAGAUCUCAUCAAAGCUGUCGAUGAGCAGACAAUCCUGUUUGAGGGAGUUCAGACCAAAUGUGCGGAGGUGAAGACCAAGCAGCUGGACGUGGAGGAACGGUUUAAUGAAGCUCAUAACCAGUUGAUGCCUGUGUUCCUGUCAUGCAAAAACAUUCUGGAUUGCCUGGAUUUCUCCGACCUGGAGGAGGUGCGUCACUACAGAGACCCCCCCGUUGGAGUGGUCAUAGUCAUGGAUGCUAUUUGUCUGCUGUUCAAUCAUCCACCCGGCUGGGAGAGCGCUCGACUGCUUCUUAGACGCCCUAACUUUUUUCAAGAGCUGGAAUUCUUUGACCGGUUCACGCUGACACAAGCACAGCUGUGGCAGCUCCGCCAGAUAAUCACCAGUCCUGAGUUUGUGCCAGAGUCUGUGCGAGAUGUGAGCAAAGCCUGCGAGUCCCUGUGUCGAUGGGUCCAGGCUCUAUAUGGAUACUACUCUCUGCGACACCAGCUGCUGGUCAGACGUCAGCUGGAGGAGCAGGACAGAGAAGUGCGAGCUCAGCUGCACCAGGCCAAGCGGCACAAAGAGGAGGCUCACCAUCAUCUGGCGGAUUUGAAGCGUCAGCUUCAGUUAAUACAAAAGCUCCAAAAAAGGCUUCUCCCCAAGCUGCAUGAAGCUGAGAAGAUGGACAGAGAAUUGACUGCGACUGCUGAGCAGUUAGAGGAACAUGUCCGAGACUGGAGAGCUGCUGCUGAGGAGGCAAAGUUACAAAAACACAACUUAGCGGGAGACGCCCUUGUCCUGGCUGCUGUCGUGGCUUAUUUAGGCCCCUUCCCUCCGGAUGUGCGCACGGAGCUACUAACCAAGUGGAGGAAACUGUGUGAGACAGGAGGCAUCAACCUGAACCCAGAGGACCCUAGAACCUCCCUGUGUCCACAGUCACACCCUGCACCUCCUUCUCCACCUCCGGGUUUUCCCAUCCCUGUUUUUGAGAGGCCGCAGCUUCCUCUGGGUCGAGCGUUAGGUCUGAGCGACCUGCAGAUCCAGAACACUGUAUCUUCCAGACUUGUGGUCCAGCUGCUGCUGUGGGGCUACAGGAAUACCCAGUGUCAGCGCUGGCCUCUACUGGCAGACAUCCAGCAGUAUCAAGAGAGAAGCUCCCAGAGCUGGUUCAUCACAGGUGACGAUAUGGAUCCGGAGACUGAGUGUGGGAUGGUGAUUUGUGCCGAUGACCCAGAGCUGCUGGGGAAACUGGACCAGGCUGCUGAGCAGGGUUUGAGAGUCCUGGUAACUCGAGUGGAAAAUGCAAACCCCAGUUCUCAGCUCCUGGACAGAUUGGCGCCCCCUGCUGGUUGCUGCCCUCCAGGGAUAAAGCAGCAGGCUCAACCCCCCCACCCUGAUUUUCGCCUCUUUCUUAGCACUCAUCUUCCAGUCCGACUGCUCAGCAGUGAGAUCCAUCCAUCCAUCUUGGCUCUGGUCCACGUGGUCGACCUCUCUCUGGGCUCGGAGGAGAUGGAGGAGCUGAUGCUGACGCUGCUGCUGCGAUCUGAGUGUGAAGAGCUGCUGAUUCAACACCGACGGCUGCAGAAUGACAAGCAGCUGCUGCAGGAGAAGCUAGUCAGAGAAGAGGAUGCUCUGAUGAACCACAUCCUGCAGUCCAACGCCUCGAUGCCGCCGGCUCCUGAUUUUCUCCCCAACGCGGCCGUUUUUCAAGAGGCGAUGAAAAACCUGCGAUCUGAGAUCCGGCAGCUGAGCGAGGAGCUGGAGCACCACGAGGCUCUGGUGGCUCCCCCCCGACAGCUGGUGAGGCUGGCCGCCGCCCUCUACCAGGCGCUGCAGGAGGUGACCCGUCUUUCCCCCGCCUACUACUUCUCCCUGCGUGGCUUCAUCGCAGAAGACAUGCAAGAUGUCUUCUUUGAGAAGGACAGGCCGUUAGUGUCGUUUGCCAUCGGUAAAGUGCCAACAGGCAUAAAGCCAGAGAUCACAAACAAGAUGGUUUCCCAGCUGCUGCUCCAGUACAGGCCUCUUCUGUUCAAGAGUCAUUUCUCUGUUCUGAAGCUGCUGGUGUCUGUCGCUCUGCUGCAGCACAACCAGCUCUGCUCUGAGGGCGAGAGGGGGGCCUUCCUCAGGGGCCUUCAAGACAUCGGACAUCCACCCUGUCCCCCGUCGCAGUCCACCCCUCCUCUGCCCAGCUGGACCCCCCCUCAGAUACACCCAGAGCUCCUCAGCCUGGGGAGGGUCCCGGCCUUCACAGGGCUGCUCUCCUCACUCUCCACUCACCCCACACAGUGGCAGGAGUACCUGCGCUCCCCAGCCUCCACUGUGGGGGGCGCUGUCCCCUGUCACUCACACUCCCAUCUGUCCCUGGUUCAGCGGGCCCUCCUCUGGAAGACCUUGAACCCGAACCGCCUGGAGGGACUGGCUGACAUGAUCUGUGCCUCGCAGCUCUGCCUGCCCGUUCAGACUGUGAGGUCUGAGGCCCCCCACACCGGGAACCCAGGGUCUCUCUCACGACUCCUGCUCAGACACGAAGGAGCCAUCACUCUUACCCUGCCGAGUCCAGGAGGAGACAACAGGACGAGUACUCGGCCUCUUCACUUGAUAAACACACUGGCAGACUGUGUAGGAGAAACGGGGGUUAAACCGGAGGUAAAAGUCAUUUCAUUAGGGGCUCUGUGUGACAGAGAAGUCCUCCUCUCAGCGCUGGACAAAGCAGUGGACGACGGCCACUGGUUGGUUUUCAGCGACUGUCAUCUGCUGGAGCGAUGGGAUGAUGAAGUCCUGGCUCGCCUCAGUCAGAUGAUCUCCUCCUUCAAAGAAGAGCCAGGCCUCACUCGCCCGGGCGUCCGCUUGUGGUUUGUAACUCAAGAAUGUGCGUCUCACCACAUACCAGCCACAGUGCGAAUGAGCUGCCUGCCUCUGGUCUGUGACUCCCCCUGGGACCUGAAGGAGGAGCUGAGCCGCUCCCUGCGUCAGGUUGUUUCCAUCACACAGAGUCGAUCCCCGGCGGGAGGGAAGGCCGACCACAUGGAGCUGCUCCUCCGCUGUGCCGUCUUCCACUCCGUCCUGCUGCAGAGACAGACCUGUAAACACCUGGGCCAGGGCAGAAUCUACAGCUGGGACCAGGGCGACCUCCUGGCUCUGGUGGAAGCUCACAACUCCAUCAGACGUCUCUGUCCGGUCCAGACUAAAGCUCUGCAGUACAUCGCAGGCGACCUGGUGCACGGCGGCCAUGCGCUCGACUCUGCAGAUUUGGAGCUGGUGGAAAACACGGCCAAGGCCUGCCUGAGCAGACUGUCCCCCCUGUGGGGCCGAGGACCACACGUCCUCUCAGACAUCAUCAGGAACCCGGGCGAGUUCGCCUCAGAUCUGACAGGAUUGCUGCAGAUCCUGGAGCAGGGUCUUCAGGAUGCAGUGGACAUCAACAACCCGGCCGUGCUGGGCUUCAAGGCAGAUAUGGCAGCCGAGAUGAUCAAGAUCAACAGCCACAACUUGAACCUUCUGCUGCAGGCCUCCCAGAAUCCCCUGGGAGCAGCGAGGAGUUCACGUGGCACCUUCACGGUGUCGACCAGCAGCCACGCCAGAGACAGACUGCUGGCUCUGAAGAGUUCCCUCACAAACAGGAGGGACAGCAGAGUCAGACAGGCUGAGGCUGUGUCCCCCGGCUCCCUGAGUGUCUUCCUCCGGGCGGAGUGGGAGGAGCUUGAUGACACCGUGUCCUCGCUCCUGUCACAGCCUCAGCAGCCGACCUCCGCUUCCCUCGCCGCCCUGUCCCGCCUGGAGAGGAGGGCGGAGCUGCUCAGCGCUUAUGUCGAGCGCACCAACACCUCAGAUCCACCGGGGGCAUACCGACUCGCGGCUUUCAGCAACGCCAGAGGAUUCCUGGUGGCACUUAAGAGGAAGGCGGCUCGAGUAAAUCUCAGAUAUAUCAGUGAUGUAAAACUGCAUUUUCAGGUUCUGAGUGACGGCAGGUUCCCGGACCCCCCCCCUGUGGAUGCUGUGUAUCUAUGUGGCCUGGAGCUCAGAGGGGCGUCGUGGGACCCCCAGCUGGGAGCCCUGCAGGGAACAGACUCCCCACGGCCAUGCUCCCUGCCCCUUGUUUGUGUCACGGCUCACGUCGGGAGCACAAAUCACACCCGAGAUAACGUUCGAGUCCCGGAGGCGUCUUCGUCCACCGCCCCUCAGUUACCAGUCCACCGCUGCCCCCUCUAUCUGGAUGAAGGGCGAGAGCCGGGAGACUCGGGGCUGGCGGACGCUCACAUUAUAACUGAGAUUCCCCUUCACGCCAGUUUAAAUCCUGUGUUGUGUAGUUUGAGAAGAGUGAGGAUAGUGAGUCUGCUGUGAAGUGUUAAUAAAAUAGUUACACAUCCCAUGGAACCUGCACACAAAUGAAAAGACUCUUGAUUUGCUAAAAGAUGCCUCAAAGAAUGUCUGAUUCUUCAAGUUCCUUUGCAGUGACUGUGUAAUGUCUGUUUGUACAUUUGUCUUGUUGUACCAAUUUGUAAAACUUGAGAUUUUUCAAAUAAACUGUUGCACAAACACAUAAAGGCAGUUUCUCACAUUUUGUCUAAAGUAGCAGAGGUUCCCUCAUCUGAAUAAAAUGGACUCAAUCUACUGAAAGGUUUAUAAAAAAUAGAAUUCACCAAAUAACCUCAAAUAACUUUGGUCAAAACUUUUCAAAAAGCUUGUUUCUUCAGGGAGUUUAUCAGAGAUUAAAGAUUCAUUCAACUGUUGAUUGAUGGAUUUAGAUGUUGAGGUUCAUGGUUUAUAGAGGUGAUAAACAAACAGUUGUGUAAUUGUUGUGGUUUAAUGUGAUGUCAAUAGCAGGAGUGUGCGUUCACCAUGUAGUUGUUGACAAUAUUAACAGAAGUUUUCCUUUUUCCUCCCACAGGCAACAUGGACCGACACCACUAUGAGACUUUUGAGAAGUUUGGCAACAACACUGUUCUGCUGCACCUCGACAACGGCCGAGCGCAAGUUUUCCUCUCAUUGUUCUCAUGAUCCGAGUUCACGGUAACACACUUAGUUUGUAUGCCUCAGUGCUGGACACAGUGGCUGGAGACACAUCUUUGGGUUAUGAAGGAAUUUCUUCACAACAACAAUAAGACUCAGGAAUUGACUGAUUUUAUUUUGGUGGUCAAACAUCAGAGUGGCCUCACAAAACAAGUUUUCUCAAAUCUGUCUGUGAGGAACUCCUUUAAGUUUGGUCCAGUUUUCACUUGGACUCAAAGAUGAACUGAUUCGAUUUCAGUGUCCAAAGGUCAAAGGUCACAGUGUGGACUGCACUGGUUGGCAGAGGCAAACGACCACAGGGCUGUAAUUCAAUUCCUUUAUUUCCUUUGCUUGUAUAUGUCUGCGAU